CGAGGCGGAGGGAGGACGCGGUGAAAGAAAGUGAGCCUCAGCGAGUCAGACGGAGGAGAUUCAGCGACACUUCCACUUUUUUCCUCCCUCGAAGCGGCAGCAGUCUCUCCGCGGAGGAGCGCGGCGCCCCUGAACGGAGUAGCUGUCAUUCCGCUCUGCGCCGCCUCAUGUGUGGGCUGUGCUGAACUAGCCUAACUCUUGGUGAAGAGCCGUCAGAAAGACAUGGGGCCGUUUGGAGCGCUGCUCUGGAUUUCACAAUAUGUGGCACUUUUCGUCCAACUAAACGCGUCUCAAGCAGGUGGAAACAUCGAAGUGGACAACCACGUAUCGGGCAACGCCCUAUUCACAGAGGUUCCUCAUGACAUCAUCACUCAGAGCGGUCAGGAUGUGGAGAUGGCUUGCUCCUUCAGGGGAGCCGGCUCUUCCUCCGUCUCCUUGGAGAUCCAGUGGUGGUAUCUUCGGCACCACAGGGAAUGGGCUGAGAAACCUGCCUGGACAACCAAUCAGGUUGUUCCUGUUGAGGAGAUGACAAGAGACGCCACUAAAAUAAGUGUGGUGAAAGUGGCUGGAAGCAACAUCUCUCACAGGCUUCGCCUGUCCAGUGUUAAACCUGCAGAUGAAGGCACUUAUGAGUGUAGAGUCAUCGACUUCAGUGACAACCAUGCCCAGCACCACAGAGUCCGAGCCUACCUGCAAGUACAGCCACCAGGCCCUGGUGUGCAGCUCCACAAGGAGAACCAAGAGCUGCGUAGUGGCAACCAAAUCCACAGUGGGGACCAAAAUCCCCAUCAUGGAAGCCAUCAUGUACAGAAGGAAAGAGAAAGAGAUGAGCAGAAUAAGGCAGACCAAGAUCUCCAUCAUGGAGACCGGAAGCUUCAUGAGAAGGAGCAUCACAGGAGUCAUCAUGGUGAUCAAGCUAAUGAAGGAGAGAAGAAAGAUUCAUCUUCUGCUCUACAUCAUGGUGAACAUCACCGGAAGGACCAUCAACAUCUCCAUGAGGGGAACCACCAACAAGUCCAAGAGGUGGACCACCUUGAGGGGAAUGAACAUACACAAGCAAGCAAGAAGAGUCAAGCAAAAAGCCACCAGUCAGAAGUCAAAGCCCACAAGGGACAUUCCAAUGACUGUUUAUCUGAUGCCUGUGUCCUUUAGAGCAGCAGAGAGGAAACGAACCAAGGAGGAAGGGACUUUUUGUGAAUGAGGAGAGAAGUCAGAAAGAAAAGAAUGGGGUAAAGUAAAGGCUGUAGACAGGAAGUGAAAGGAGUGCAUGUGAAAACAUCUUCAUAAGAAUGUCCGUAAAUCUCGAGGAGAAACAGACAGACUUGAGCAAUGUGUACUAGUUGUUACUAUGCGAUAUCUCCAUUUAUUGACCCUGCCAUGCUUUUGCUCCUCAGUGCGUAUCUUUCAAACAUGCCUAACUUUGUUAUGUUGGCCUAGGUGAUUUGUCAAAAGCCUGGAUUUGGCGAUUUGGCUAGAGGGCAUCUUUUUGCUUUAUCUCUCUGCUUCAUCUGAAAUCUCUGAAUGCUCUAAUUGUGUGUGUGUGUGUGUGUGUGUGUGUGUGUAUGAGCGCAUGUGUGUGUGUACUCUGUACAGUACAUUUUUGGAAAAUGACUCUUUAUGCUCUGAAAUACAACCAAAUUUCAAUUUCCAAAAUCAGCUUUUGCAUAAACGUUCACCAAGAAGAACUGCAGCUCAGCAGCGUUUUGUUGUUUUCUGCUUUCAUAUUGUAGGGAAAAAAUAUGUAUCUAUAUUCUACGCCGUGUCUCUCUUGAGUUUACUCUGUUCUGCUUUGAUGUUUUGUAUCAACUUUAAAGUACAAGUUCUGUAAAUUUCUGGAUACCUUCUAAUGUGUUGGUGUGGAAGGAGAAGUAUUAAAUUAAUCACGUAAACUUA